UGGCUAUUUCCCCACAUUAAAGGACUGGUCAUGUACGGAUUUACUUUUUUGGCCCCGCGUCUCCUCCAAAGCAAGUCUGUGCUGUCGUCCAGCAUUCUGUUUUUGUUUACUUUGUAGCCAGCUCAGUUUUAGUUUCGUUCUGCAUAGCCAUCCCUGAGCUUCAGUGCCUUUUCUUAGCGGCACUCACCUGUUUAUUUUUGGUAAAAACAUUAGACACCUUUUUACCUGCACCCUGCCUCCCGCUGAUCCCGACAUCUACAAAGCAAUUAGCUACCGGCUGCCACCUACUGAUAUGGAAGAGUAUUACACGGUAACUCUGCCGAGCUCAACAACAACACAUAGUUUGCAGACUAUAAUUAAUGGUUUGCAAACAUUAUUUUUAACCCAAAUAGGCGAAAUUAGAUAAUCUCGCACCACUCGAGGUUGAAAAACUCUGCGAUAGUAAACUUAUGGCAGAAUGUUAAUCCUCGCAGAAAAUGUGGCAGAAAGGUUGGUCACCAAGGAAAGAUUACAGAUUGGGUACAAUCAAUCACUCUGUAUGUUGCCUGAGCCUGAGUCACAAAGAGGCUUUGUUGGGCCCCACAACAACAAGUCUGUUCAUUGGGUGAUCCAACACUCACAAACAAUUGUACAAGCUUAGUGCAGCCCUGCACCACCACCACCACCCUUUAUGGGACAAGAGCAAGCAUUUAGCCAACACAUUGUUACAAGAAUGGGAAGCCUAAGGAUGUCGGACUUGUGACUCAAUCGGCAGAACCUAAGCAAAGAUAGACCGUUUUUAAGUAUGGAGGAAGACGUAAUGGCAUCGCAGGUACUGGAGAUCAUAUGUGGAUUUUCCGCCGAGACUCCGCAGUUUCCAGAACCCGAGGGUAGAGAUGAUUUGUCAGCGGAGGAUGGGGAUGACUCCGUGUUCUACAGCGAUGAAGACCAAGCCGAGGAUCACUUGAAAGCAAACAGACCUCGGGAUGCCGGCAGAUGCAGACGCCUUUAUAACAGCGAGGUCACCAGUGUUGACGCCCCACCUUCAGAGAGGAAUGAAGGUGACCUGCCGGUGCUUUGCAGUGAGGAAGGAACGAAGCCCCGGGCUUUAGAAACGGAGCAAAGGUGUCAAGCAGAUGGAGAUUCGGAGGUGGAGACUCAUGAGCCCGAAAGGCCGGAGGACAGUGCUUUGUCAGAUGAAGAGGAGCAGGGACAGGCUCCAAGCAUUGAAGCGUUCCCUGGGGAGAGUCUCUCAAACCAGCUCGGCUCCAGCUCGGAGUCAGAGGAGGAGGACUCUAACAUCAAAGAUUCCAACGUGGCACCGGUGGGCCCCGUUCCAGGCUACUCCACUCUGCCUCUGACAAAGAAGCGCCCCAACAACCCGGGACAACAGAAGUCCUUCGACCACCUCAUGGCCUCCAAGUUCAGCUCCGUCUCCUACCGCAAGAUCCGCCGAGGGAACACCCGGCAGAAGAUCGAGGAGUUUGAGUACAUCAUGAUGAAUUUGUAGUGCAGAAAAGCGACUAACGUUAAAAGAUCCCUCCUGAUAAUCUACAAGAGUAUGAGAGUAUAGUUUAAUCCCAUUUAAGAAGUUUGUAGGACAUAACUACCAUAUUGACCUGAACAGAAGACAAAAUACAUAUUUUGAAAAAAAUCCUUCUUGACAUAGGUUGCAAUAAAAAUAAUACAUUCAUUAUUCUCUUUGUUUGAUUACUUGGCUUUUAUUGCUCACUAUUAUUUUAAGAUUGGCAUGACGCUGCGUGCAGAAUUUUUAAUUUUCUUUUUAACCCCUUCUUAACCCUGAACGUACAUUGAAAAUACACGCAACCCUAACUUAAAAUGCCGGACAUUUGAGGCAUUUAAGAAACUCCACCCGGACAGCCCCACAAAAGAGGACAUAUCCGGUGAAAAGAGGAGGUAUGGUCAGUCCAUCCUAGCCCAGUUGCUGCUAGCAUGCCGUGUAUAUAUAUUUUUUUGACUGAUUGAAACUUUUAUUAGUAGAUUGCAGAGUAGAGUACAUAUUCCGUACAAGGUUUUUCAACUUGUUUAAGUCGGGGUCCACGUAAAUCAAUUCAUGGUGCCUCGGUGUGCAUUGUUUACACAACGUGCGGUGCGCUACUUAAUAUGUCCGUGUGGAUCUCGUUCGGUACACCUCCGACCGGAACCGAAACUCCCGUACCGAAACGGUUCAAUACAAAUACACGUACCGUUACACCCCUAGAUUUAAGCGUUAAAUAAAUAAAGUAUGUAUUCCCUGGCACACCAUUAUCAUCAUUUUAUGACCGAAGCAAAUUUUUUUUACACUUCUAUACUGAAAUAAAUACAGCUACAACUUACUAAAUAAAAAUAUAUUAAAAAAAAAAACUACCGGCAGCGGUAAAGUUUAGAUCAAUGAAGGAAAGAAAAAAGUGAUAUAUAAUUGAAUGCAUUUACAUAUGCAUUCAAAAAUUGUUUUCUUUUGUGUUUAUUUCUUUUGUGAAUUAAGUAAUGUUUAUGAGAGGGGUGUCCAAACUUUUUCCACUGAGGGCCGCACACUGAAAGAUCAAAACAAGCGGGGGCCAUUUUCAUAAUUUUUAAUUUUAAAAACCAAUACAAUAUAUGUAUAAAAAAUAUACAUUUAGGCCUCCACUCAGUUUUGAUCCCGGUGACCCCAAAGGGUAUUGGUCAAAAAAAAAAUUAAAUGUGUCAUUAUUCAGUAUUAUAAUUUGUAUUAUUAUGCAAGUUUUAAAUCUCUACAUCAACA